GUAUUGCUGUAUUACGAUUGCAGGUGACGUCGCACCCGGUGCAGCGAAACUUCGCUCGUCUCAAGAUUACGGAGGCAUACUCGAUAAUACCAGGUGCGCCUGAUCUGCACGUGAAGCAAGGCUCGAGCCUCCGUUUGGAAUGCCAACUUAUGGCGGCCACGGAAAGGCCCCUUUACGUCUUCUGGUAUCGUCAGGGUCGUAUGAUAAAUUACGACGAGGAGCCCGGCGUUGAUGUCAAGCUGACGUCGAGCGGCUCGAUUCUGACGGUGAAUAAAACGAAGCUUACGCACGACGGCAACUACACGUGCGUACCUAGCAACGCCAAAGCGGCGUCUGUCAUGGUCCACGUGAUCGAAGAGGAGGAGAAGCCGGCGGCGAUGCACGGGGGCGACAGAAGGAACCUCAGCCCGGCAAUUUUGGCGAGCAACUUUCUCGUGUCCCUUCUGGCGGCCGUCAGCUGGAGGAUACCGAGUUUCACGAGCCUUUACCCUACGUGAAUUAUCGCAGCCCCGGCGGCGUCCUUCGGUCCGUGUGUCCCCCGCGGCUUGACGGCGGGUCCGGCGAGGAAACGAGGUCCCGAAGUCGUUGUCCUGCCGCCCGGUGACGGCACGAGCCCCGCUCAUUUCCGAUCCGGGAAGAAACUCCGGUGCCGGGGAUGAUUGUGCGCGUGUUACAAUCCGCGAACUCGACGAUACCUCGGUUUAUCUUACGUGUGUCUCUUUUGCGUAUAUUAGAUAGACGCUAUUCGGGGUUGACAGCCGCGGUACGCGCGUGCACGAUGUGUGCUCGUCCGACGCGGUGUCCUGUAGCUCAAGGACAGUGAGAGUCGCCGGCGAGUCCGUUUGUCUCGGUACGGUGCACACCUGUGAAGCCAUUCUUCGAUCCUUCGCACCUUAUCUUCCAUUUUCUCGCCCGUUCUCGCGCGCGAGUGCCGUGUAAAUGUGCUUGCCGGGACGACUGUACUCCGUUUUGGAAUUGAGCUAGCGAUUUACCGUAGGAUACGUUUUAAUCUUAAAUUCUCGCGCGUAAUCUAUGCGUUUCGUUGCACGCGAUGUUACAAUCCAAGUUCUCCUGUCCACGAUAAAGAUGAGAAAUAAGAUUUCAGCAUGUAAAUACAAACGCAAUUUCUUUUUUCUUUUGUUGUAAACAACGAUAUUUCAAAGAAAGUUUUGAGAAUUGUGAAAGAUCAAUAAUUUUGUCCGAUACAUUGUCCAGAAAUAAUAAUAAAUUUAAAUCUCGCUGUGUGGACUCUGGACACAAUAUGAAAUAUGUCACGAUAAACGUGAUGAAUUUAUCUCUACUUGAAUAUAUUUCUAUUUUAGAAAUAUAUUGUCUUUUUAUUAUUGUUUAAGCUGUGCAAUACAAUUUCAUUGCGACAAAAUUACCAAUUACUUCGGACGGUAACCGCGUGAAUCGCAACGAGACCAGAGGAUUAUGGAACUAUGGUACUAAGGUACGUAAUAAGAUAUGCAUUGGUGAAAAUGUCUGCGUAAGCGGAAAGGCUACCCUGGAUUUGUUUGGACAGGAAACUCGGUUUCUCGCAGGAAAUUUGUUUCCCGAUGGGGACCUUUCCGCUCGAUAUGCGGCCUCGUUGAUAUCUCUCGGUGUGCGUGAUCGGUGAAUCGUUUUCUUCGUACGUGCAUUCUACAUAUAUACAUAUAUACACGUAUAUAUUACGUGCAGACAAAUGUACACGGCGAGAGCUCGAUUUAUCGUUCUUCCAAUUAAUCGUGGUAUUCAUAUUUUCGAAUCCCCAAAGUGAUUUGUAUCGCUUAUCGUUUGCCGCAUAUCAUUGAUUGCAUAUGUCUCUGUUUGGUUCCAAACAUCCCUUUCGAUAGCGUUUGAUCGAGCUCUCACCGUAUAUACGAUACGUUAUUGCAUAACGUAGGGGUUGCUGCGAAAAUUCUAUUUGUCGUGACCAGCAUGGCAGGAGAAAGGCCAUUAAUAAUGAUGAGUCGUAUACUCCUCGAUCAAAUCACUUAGUCUGCUACCAUAAAGCCUCUUUUAUUUUCUAAAUCAAAUUCAACGGAAAACAAAUCUAUUUGAAACAGACAAAUAUACACGGAUUAAAUAAUAAAAGUAAAAAGUUGUUGAUUUAAAGGUAAACAAAAUAUUGUACCGAUCGGUAUUGUUUGCCGUACGAUAAAAAUAUAUUUUAGACGUGCAAGGGCUGUGUAAAUUCCGCCCUAAGGUGAUCUUGUUAUCUUUUGUCAGUGGCAGAGAGUUUAAGUAAAUCUCCUUUCGAGCCGUGGUGUAUGUUUCUUCGAAAUCGCGACAAGAUAAGGCAAGCAGAUUUCUCGCGACAACUUGAUUACGCGAACCCGAGGUGGAUGAGCGACGUUCUUUCCGCGCGGUGUAGAAGCCUUACCUCAAUUCCCGUCGACUCUCCGCAGUGCCGUUGUCACUGAGCUGCGGAAAAAAAGUUCUUUCUCCUCGCGAUUCUCCGGGUGGAUAUACACUGAAGUAUUCUCACUGUGUUUGUUCGCGCAGUGUACACCUAUGUUUAAAUAAAUGAUAAAUGCAAAUUCAGCUGAACGAAUGUCCGCGUGUAAACGUAAAAGAGAAAUGAGGAGGCGGCAAACGCGAGAGGGCGAGCGUUUGCUCUCUGUUCUCGUUCGUCCGUUCUUCUUUUUUCCGUUCUUCUUCUAGUGUAUACUCACUUCCAUACGUAUACUCAAGAUUGAUGAAAGUCCUCGAACGGCGCGCGUCACGCGAGUGAUGCGAGCGAUCUGAUCUUUUGAGACACAAACCUCCUUCUUAUUUUAACGAAAUCGGGACUUGUACAUUAUUCUACCGAUGAUAGGAACCUUUCCCAUCGAGCGAAGCUCUGUUUCUCGUUUCAUUAAAAUAGCGAAGAUAACGAAUAAAACGAAAACCCAGAAGACAAGAUGUUUAGAAAAUGCUUAAAAGACAUCUUCUUUACAUCCCCUUUAAACAUUUUUUCCUUCGGACAUCGAGCAUUUAGCGCUAAAUUUUGGAGUAUAAAAUAAUGAAGGUAAAGAAAGAGGUGACGAGAAGGAGUGUAAGUACUUUGGAAAGAUUCUCGCAUUUCCGCGGCCAUCGGUGUUUUGCGAAUGUCUCGCGAAAGCUGAUUUCGCGACUUUUCUGCGAUGGGAAAUGCGGAAUGAGCGGUCACAGUCUUUAGCCAUACAUCGAGUUUUAUGCACGGCACGCAUGACACGUGGCGAUGCGGCCGUAGACUCGCGCUCAUCAACGUUAUUUAUCUGAAUACGUGGAAUCAAUGUAAAUACUAAACAUUCUAACUACGCAUUCAAUAAAACAUUAACCGUGACUAUACGAA